AUGAAUUCAACAACUGGACAAGGACAACCAUCAUGCAGAAGCCAGAAGGAUUUUGGGGAGCCAAUUGCCGUCAUUGGUAUGGCGAUGCGGUUACCGGGUGGUGUCCGAUGUGGAGAUGACUUUUGGGAAAUGCUCGUGAAAAAACGAGAUGGCCUUUAUGAAGCGCCUUCAUCGCGCUGCACUAGAGAGGCAUCUAGCAGCUCUGAUUGUGGAGAUCUGAGCGAAACUAAAAAAGGAUUCUUUUUGCAAGAAGAUCCAGCAUUCUUUGACGCUUCCUUUUUUUCUGUUCCUCCCCACGAGGCGGCACGCCUGGACCCCCAGCAACGGCUCUUGCUUGAGGUGGUUUGGGAGUGCCUGGAGAACUCGGGGGAGACCAAGUGGCGUGGCGAGAAAAUCGGUUGCUUUGUUGGAGUUUUUGGGGAAGAUUGGCUAGAGAUGUCGCAUAGAGAUCCCCAGCAUCUGAAUCAGAUAUAUCCAAUUGCCACUGGUGGCUUUUCGUUAGCAAACCAAGUGUCGUAUCGGCUUGAUCUCCUGGGUCCGAGCAUGACCAUACAAACAGCUUGCUCUUCAUCCCUGGUUUGCCUACACGAGGCCUGCCAAGCACUUCGAGCUGGAGAGUGCUCAACAGCUCUAGUGGGUGGGACAAGCCUUAUAUGGGGCCCAACCAUGACUGAUGCGAUGACCAAAAACAUGGUUUUGUCAUCAAGUGGUAUCUCUCAUACCUUUGAUGCCGAGGCGGAUGGCUAUGGCCGUGGUGAAGGGAUAAACUGCAUAUAUCUCAAGCCAUUGCGGGAUGCUCUUCGUGACAACGACGCUAUCCGCGCGGUCAUCCGCUCCACAGUGACCAACCAUGACGGCAAGACCCCUAACUUCUCUCAACCAUGUCCUAUAUCACAAGAGAGGUUGAUUCGGCAUGCAUAUCAAAUUGCGGGAAUCGAUGCUAUUCACGAAACCCCUGUUUUUGAAUGCCAUGGGACUGGAACACCCGUCGGCGAUGUCAUCGAAACAUCAGUUGUUGCAAAGAUGACCCAAGGAGAAGCAACAUAUAUCUGUGCUGUCAAACCAAAUGUCGGUCACUCGGAAGGUGCCUCGGGCAUCAGUAGCAUCAUCAAAUCCAUUUUAUCCCUUGAACAUAAGACCAUUGCACCCAAUAUCCAUUUCAAGACACCGAACCCCCAAAUUCCAUUCACCGAGGCAAAUCUAUGCGUGCCCCUAGAACCGACUCCGUGGCCUGCCGGCAGGCCCGAAAGGAUCAGCGUGAAUUCGUUUGGUAUCGGGGGGUCUAAUGCCCACGUUAUUCUAGAGUCUGCCUCUGCAAUCUCUUCAAAGCCUGCGGCCACAUCACCUGAUAUUUCAAAUCCACGACUCUUAGUUCUUUCUGCGCACACUACAGACAGUCUUCGCAAGCGCAUUGGCCAGAUCAUCGACUAUGUAAAGAACCACCCAGACCGCCUGCAUGAUCUUUCGUACACUUUAGCCGCGCGAAGAUCGCCUCUUUCUCGUCGGGCUUUCACUGUGGUGCAGCCAAAUAAUCCUGUGCUAGACGAUACGGCAUUCGCGAUCUUUAAUGUCAGCUCUCCAAAUGUCACCUUCGUCUUCACAGGCCAGGGGGCCCAAUGGCCCGGGAUGGGGCUAAGGCUCUUGUCUACCUUCCCAAAAUUCAAGCAGGAUAUCAAAACAAUGGACGAAGUACUCCAGCGGCUACCCGAUGGACCAAAUUGGCUAUUAUAUGAUGAGCUAAGCCAAGAGAGCUCAAUUUCUCGAAUCCACAAAGCCGAGUUCUCCCAGCCUCUAUGUGUUGGGCUUCAAAUCGGCCUGGUAAAUAUUCUUAGGGCCUGGGGAAUCGAGCCAUCUACGGUUGUCGGGCACUCGAGCGGAGAGAUUGUGGCCGCUUACGCAUCCCGAGCUAUUUCGAUGAGAACUGCUAUCGUCUUAGCAUAUUACCGAGGCAAAAUCGCACAACCCCUUGAAGGCUUAGGAGCUAUGGUAGCCGUUGGCCUCUCUCCAGACGAAGUGGAACCGUACUUAACACCUGGAGUGGUUGUUGCCUGCCACAAUAGUCCGUAUAGUGUCACCCUAUCGGGUGAUAAUGACUCUGUUGACCGUGCGAUUCGAAAUAUCAAGGCGGCUAAUUCAGAUAUACUGUGCCGGCGGCUUACGGUGAAGAUUGCUUAUCAUUCUAACCACAUGAAACAGAUUGGCUCUGAAUAUGAAGAUUGUAUUGCUAGUCAUAUCGAACAUGACCAGGGAAUGAUUCCUUUCUAUUCCAGUGUCACUGGCAAUACGAUCACGGACCCUCGCAAACUAGAUGCCUCAUACUGGCGACAGAAUCUGGAAUCACCGGUACUGUUCACAGAGGCUAUCCAGAGUCUACCUACUAGUGGAACCCCUGUCUUCCUAGAGGUUGGGCCACACUCGGCCCUUGCCGCCCCUCUGCGACAAAUCUUCCGCACUCUAACAGCGAGGUCACCGGCAUAUAUUCCCACCAUGUUUAGGUAUGAUGAGGAUAUCGAAACCCAGCUACUACGGACCGCAGGACAGGCCUAUGCGAGUGGCAUUCGAGUCAAUAUGUCAACCAUAAUCGAGGCGGGGAACACGUUGACAGACCUGCCACCUUACCCCUGGCAACAUGAUCGCUCUUACUGGAGUGAAAGUCGACUGAGUCGGGAGUGGAGACAACGCAAGUUUCCGCAUCAUGAAAUCCUCGGUUCGCGGGUCGUCGAUACGACGGAUCACGAGCCUUCUUGGCGUAAUCUAGUCACUCUGGACAGUGUGCCCUGGCUUAUGGAUCAUAUAAUCCAAGGUGCCGUCACAUUCCCCGGCGCUGGAUUCAUUGCUAUGGCAGGUGAGGCAGUUCAGCAGUUGUACCCGGACAACGAUAGUUAUUCAGUGCGCAAUACAACAUUUAUAACGCCACUGCUAUUCCAGGAAGGAGAUCAGAUUGAGAUCAUGACUAGCCUGAGGCCGAUUGAAGUAGCCGACAGGGUUCCAUCUGGCUGGUAUGGUUUCAAGAUUAUGGUUCAUGACGGAGAACGAUGGACAAUUCAUUGUCAGGGUCAAGUAAGAGCAGGGUCCGAUUAUCCUCCAGAGCCAUCCCAAAUUACCUCCUAUAAGCGACCUGUGCCAUCUGAAAGCUUAUACCGGGUGCUUCAAAGAAGCGGUAUAGACUACGGCACCCAGUUCCAGGGCCUGGAGGAGAUUACAGCUGAUCCAACCGGGCCGAGGGCGACAGCGACUGUUCUGGGUAAUCGUGGGCUUCCCGGCAGCAGGUAUUCUCUGCAUCCCACGGCGAUUGAUCAAUGUCUCCAACUCAUGGGUGUGGCCGGCUCCCAGGGCCUGCUGCGGCAUCUCACCACAAUUUACGUUCCAGCUAUGAUAGACUCAAUGUUUGUCGGACCAGGAGGCCCACCUAUGCUAGCCAGCGCGCAAACUAAGAGUGGUGCAAGGGAUGGGCAGCUAGGCAGUGCUAUUGCCGUGCUCGGUGACCGAAUGGUCCUCUCUAUUCAAGGAGCUUACCUUUUCGCCUUGGAAAAUGAUAAUCCAGCUUCUGGAACUGGACUUGCAGGUUCAGUAAGCCAUCUUGAGUGGAAAUCGGACAUUGAGCUCUUGCCCCCAGCAGCACUUUUAUCUACACCACUUAAUUAUACAACACAGGCCAUGAACAUUAAAGCUUUAGGCGAGCUAUCUAUACUUUUUGUUCUGGAAACAGCGGACAAAAUUCGAGAUGUGGACAUUGUUUCAUCGCAUUACGCUAAAUGGAAAAAAUUCAUCCUGGACUCAGCUCUCAAGGUCAAAAGUGGACAACAAUCCAACUACCCACAGUCACCUCAAUGGGCAAUGCUCAGUUCUGCAGAAAGACAUGAAAUGAUACGGAAAGUGUUCACAGAGGCCAAAUUUACCUUUGAUGCUCCACUUGUGGAUGGCUUGCAGGUCGUCUUCGAUAACUGCCUAUCAUUUAUAUCUGGAGAAAGCAGCCCAUUGGAGGUCCUCAUGAAGGACAAUUUGCUGCAUCGCUUCCAUGCUGCGCACACACAGUAUGCGGAUUGGAACCCGUUCCUACCGUUACUCUGUCAUUCCAACCCAGGCCUACGAGUACUUGAGAUCGGUGCGGGUACCGGAUCUGCAACUGCAAUCGCUCUAGAGCUUCUCAAAUCCACGAGCGGGGAGCCAAUGGAGAGAUUCAGUCAUGAGCAGUCCAUGGAAUACAAGGUCCUUGAUAUCUCCAUGGAUCCCCUUGAACAAGGCUUCGACCCUCAUAGCUUUGAUUUGAUCAUCGCUUCCAAUGUUCUGCAUGCCACCCCCAGUCUUCACUCUUCCCUCCGUCAUGUGCAUUGUCUUCUAAAGCCUACUGGGCGCUUCUUACUUCAUGAGAUUAACCCAGAAAUUCUCUUCGCAAAUUUCACCAUGGGUGUAUUUACCGGCUGGUGGAUGGGAGAAGAUGAUGGUCGAGUAGGGCAGCCGUACGUCUCGCCCGAGCGAUGGGAUCGGGAGCUACGAGCUGCAGGUUUCACUGGAGCAGAUGUAACUGCUUAUGAUCAAAAGCCGCCAAAUCAUAUAUCCGCCAGCAUCGUAUCAAGUCCGGAAAACGAUAUCCCCAUUUCUACCGAUAUCUGGCUCCUAAAAAACAAAUCUACCCAGUCCCAGUGGGCGAGUGAUGUUGAAUCACUCUUCCGCGACCAAGGUUACACCACUAACUGGACAACCCUGGACCAAAAACCACCGAAAGGCAAAUUCAUCGUAUCUCUUUUGGAUCUUGAAGGAGCCCCAAUAGGUUCACUGUCGAAGAGUGACCAUGGGAUAUUCCAAUGCUACAUUGGGCAAGCACAAGAAUGCCAAAUCUUGUGGGUUACACAGUCAACAUCUCUCACCUGCUCGGACCCAAUGUUUGGCUUGAUCCAUGGGCUCGCUCGCAGUUUGCGGUCGGAGCUAAUGCUUGAUAUCUCAAUCCUGGAAGUUCCAGCAUGGGACGCGGCGGGUGCAAAAGCCGUAAUCCAAGUGUGCGAGAAGAUACAGAGAUGCCGAGCGUACUCCCUUCGUGAUCCAGAGUAUGAGUUUGCAUUGCAUGAAGGCGAGGUUAAGGUCGGACGAUACCACUGGGCACCUCUCGUCGAGCAACUUGCAAGUCCGCCUCGUUCAGAUGCGUCCCGAAAGCUAAGUCUCACGGCGUACGGACUAUUGGAUACGCUACACUGGGCUGAGAAAGAGCCAUGCUAUGAAUUGGAUGAGGUGCAGAUUGAAGUUGAGAUGGACUACGUGGGAAUGAACUUCAAGGAUAUGAUGGUUGCAAUGGGCUUUUUUGGAAACAAAGAAGACCUUGGGCUGGAAGGUAGCGGUAUUGUGCUUCAAGUUGGAGCUGAUGUGACGGAUAUCACAGUGGGGGACCGUGUUAUGUCGAUGCAUUCUGGGGUUCUGGCCACAAAUGUUGUAGUUCCUCGAGAAGCUUGUAUCAAGCUACCGCAGGGGCUGUCAAUGGAAGAUGCUGCCACGAUGUUGACAGCCUAUGUCACCGUUCUCUAUUCACUGCUUGAGAUUGGUGCUUUGAAGAAGGGCCAGGCAAGUUACUACCAUGUUCUCCGGACAUUAAUGAUAUAUGCCACCGUCGGUAACGAUAAAAAAGUAGCUCAUUUGAUGGAGCACUUUGGUUUACCCCGGGAACGUAUCUUCAACUCUCGUAACACGUCCUUCCAACCGGACCUUAUGCGUGCCACGUCCGGACGGGGAGUUGAUGUAGUGCUUAAUUCGCUGUCGGGCAACUUACUGCACGCUUCGUGGGAAUGUGUUGCGAAUUUUGGACGGAUGGUUGAACUGGGAAAACGUGACUUCAUAAGCCAUGGCAUGCUCAAUAUGAGCCUUUUCGAAGCGAACCGAGCAUUUUUCGGCGUUGACCUUGCCCAGGUUUGCAAGGACGCUCCAGAGGUUCUCAAAAGAACACUGGCAACGUUUUCAGACUGGUAUAAUCAAGGGAAAAUUGGACCUAUUGAGCCUGUUAAAGUCUUUGAUGCCGUCGAUAUUGUUAGCGCAUUUCGGUAUAUGCAGGCUGGCACUCACCUAGGUAAGAUUUUGGUGCGUAUGCCGUCUGCGGUGGACAGUCUGCCCCAUCCUACUGUGAAAACAUUCCCAUCAUUCCGAUCCGACGCCGCUUAUCUACUCAUUGGUGGGCUUGGGGGUAUUGGACGAGCCGUGUCAACAUGGAUGAUUGAGCAGAAUGCGCGAGAGCUCAUCUUUCUCUCGAGGUCAGCUAGUAAAUCUAAGGAGGAUCAAGCAUUCAUUCGCGAACUUGAAGCGCAAUCUUGCCGAGUUAUCUGUGUGUCAGGAAAUGUGACAAAUAUCAAGGAUGUACAGGAAGCUGUCUUAGCAUGCACUGGGCCCCUUGCUGGCGUCCUCCAGAUGGCAGUUGACUUAAAGGAUCGGCUCUUUUUGCAGAUGAGCCACGACGAGUGGGAGGUCGCACUGGCACCGAAAGUGACAGGAACGUGGAACCUGCAUCAUGCCACAGUGCAGCAUUCAUUAGAUUUCUUCGUUGUGUUUGGCUCAAUUGCCGGGUUGUGUGGCAAUACUGGCCAGGCCAAUUAUGCUGCAGCAACCACAUUUUUAGAAACGUUUACCCGGUAUCGACGGCAGCAAGGACUCCCUUCUUCUAUCCUGCACCUCGGUGUAGUUGGGGAUGCGGGUGCGGCGAGUCGCAACUCUCGAUUCAUCCAGAGAGUACAAUCAAUUGCCCUGCAUGUGCUCCAUGAGGCCGAGGUGAUUGAAGGACUCGCGGCAGCAAUUAACAUAUCUCCAGUUAGUAGUUCUAACCCGAGCGGGGCGAUGGCAAUUGGACUCGCACACACGAAAAACCGCGCCGACCUCCCGAAGGAAAUCUUCCUCGGCGGACGUGAUGCCCGAUUUUCGAUCUAUCCCAACCUUGAGUCUACGAGUGCCGGCACUGGCGGGGACCAAACCUCUGCAAAUGCAUUAAAGGCCCUUCUUGCCCAGAUACAAGCAGAUCCCUCCCUAACGGAACAAAAGGAGACAGAGGUCGCCUUGAUGAAGGAACUAGGCAAAUUUAUCAGCCAUAACCUCACAGGACAGGCGCAGGAGCAAGCCCCAGAUUCUACAGAUGACAUUGAGGCAAUGACAGGAAUGGCAGUCGACUCGCUCAUGGCAAUAGAGGUUAGGAACUGGCUACGGAGGUCUCUAGGUGUGGAGAUUCCUACGGUGGAAAUCAACCGAGCAGGUACACUAGGAGGCUUGGUGAAAGUUGUUUUGAAGGGACUUGGAGAGAAAUAUGAUCAGCGUGCUACCUAA